UCAGGCGUUGCAAAACCAGGAACCACGCAGCCUUGUUUCUAACCAAUCGGGUUCGCUGAGCCUAACGGUGAUGAGCAGUUUUGCGGGAACUUUGGAGAGGAAGAGCUGUUACAACCUGCCACUUACCCACGGAAAGAGAAAAUUUAAAAUUAUUCUGUAAAAUGCCACCAAAGUCCAAGGCAGAUGGGGCGAAGAAAGCGAGAGCUCCAGCCAAGAGGAAACUGGCUGAAGAAUUCCCACCUGGGGAAGUUCUGACGGAUAAUGCAAAGAAAAAAUGGAAGCUUGGAUCAGCUGUGGGGCAGGGAGGUUUUGGCCUGCUGUAUCUUGCAAAUGAAGACUCUUCGGGAUCUGUUGGCGCUGAUGCACCUUAUGUCAUUAAAGUGGAGCCCAGUGACAACGGCCCUCUCUUUUCUGAACUGAAGUUCUACAUGCGAGCUGCCAAACCCGAUCUAAUUGGGGCUUGGAUGAAGUCAAGGAAAAUUGACUAUUUGGGAGUUCCAAAAUAUUGGGGCUCUGGUUUUCAUGAGAAAGGUGGUAAGAGGUACAGAUUCAUGGUCAUGGAUCGAUUUGGAACGGACCUACAGAAGAAGUUUGAGGGAAAUGAAAAGAAAUUUCCAAGGAAGCUGGUUCUUCAGCUGGGACUCAGACUCCUUGACAUUCUGGAGUACAUCCAUGACCAUGAAUAUGUGCAUGCAGACAUCAAAGCCUCCAACCUCCUUCUGUCCUACACCAACCCCAAUCAGGUAUAUUUAGUGGAUUAUGGACUGGCCUACAGAUAUUCUCCAGAAGGAGUUCCAAAGGAGUACAAAGAAGACCCAAAGAGGUGUCACGACGGGACCAUCGAGUUCACUAGUAUUGAUGCGCACAAAGGAGUCUCCCCUUCAAGAAGAGGAGACCUGGAAAUUAUGGGCUACUGCAUGAUCCAGUGGCUUUGUGGCCGUCUACCCUGGGAGGACAAACUUCAGGACCCACUGUAUGUCAGAGACUCAAAACUCAGGUGUAGAGACAAUAUCGAUGAGUUCUUGAAAAGCUGUUUCCCUGCAAAAAAUCUACCAGAGGAAAUGAAGAAGUUCAUGCAAGAGGUCAAGGUUCUCGGAUACACAGACAAGCCAGAUUACGCAAAAUUGCGAGGAAUUUUGCAGCAAGGCCUGAAGAGCAUAGGGGUGACUGACGACAAAAAGCUGGACUUCGGCGUGUCAACCAACGGUGCAGGUCAGCCCUCCGUCAAGACUCCCAAGCGAAAGAAGACAGAGGAAAAAGGCCAGUCUGCUGAUGAAACUGAAGGCGGCCCUGCAAAGAAGAAGCGAGCUCCUCAGAAGAAGGAUGUGAAUGGGGCUAAAAAGACGGCAAGUCCUGCAAAGCGUCCAGCGAAGAAAGAAGCUCAGGCCUCAUCUGAGCCAGCGGUGAAGAAAAGCCGAGGAAGGCCUAAGAAGAACUCUUAAUCCUCUUCGCACUCGAGUUCAAGUUGUUUCCUUAUUGUAUCUUUUAAAUUGUCUGGUCUGUAUUUGUUCUCUGUGGUUGCAUUUUCUUAAACUCUAGCAGGGUGUUGGGCACACUCUCUCGCAGUGAAAUGAUAAUAAAUAAGGGUAAAAAAAAAAAAAAAAAGACAGUGGCUUUGAGUUGUGAGUUAUUUUCAUUCUUUUGUAAUGCCUUGAAGAAUCAAGCCUAUGCGGAUGAGGUCCAGGGGGGAUUGCUUUGCCCCCGAUAAGGAAAUCCCUGAAGGAGCUCAGAGUCCCGACUCUUCCCCCGCCACAUUUUCCCCUUGUUGUUGUGCUAUGAAAGCCGCCGUGCGGCUGGCACUCCGACGUCUGUGGGAGAGGCGAGCUGGUCUUUGAUACCUACAUCGAGGCAGGCGAACGUGUGGCAGACGCCACUGAGCCGGGUACGUGCGUUUGGUGAAGAGGGCUCUGCGCCUUUCCGCUUGGCUGCCAUUUGAUCAGACGAAAGACAGUCCUACAGGUUUGAAUCAACAUGAGGGUAAGUAAAUUACAGCAUUUUCAUCUUUGGUGAACUAUCCUUUGGUGAACUGUGGCAUGUUGAAUUUGCCCUCUGUGGAUGGAAAUGUGGCCUCAAACCAGUCCGCUUGUGUUUACCGCCCUUCUCUUUUACUCUCGCAUCCCCCUCCCUCCAUCUCUGUUUGCAAGAACGAGGUUGUAGUUUUCUCAUAAAUUCAUCAGGCACAAGGUUUGCAUGUAACAAUUUGUGACUUGCGUGUCUUUUCAUUUUAAGGCUAGUAGGACACGGACACCGCCGCAAAACAGCAUGCUGUAUACUGUAAUGAAGUAGAUUUUUUAAUGUUUCUGCCACACAGGAUAAAAGGCAGACUAAUCACAAAGACCAGCCCACUCCCCAAUCAGUUGCUAUUUAUUUUGACUGGAAGCUCCAGCUAAAAGUGAUGGCAGUGAGCAUGAAGUGUUUCAGUUGAAUCAGAGCUCGCUAGAUGUUGAUUUUUUUGUUUGUGUGUGUAUGGCAAUGUUAAAUUCCUCACUGAAUGACGAAACGCCAUGUGUGCUUUGUUCAGAUAGGUACUUCAUCAUAAACUCCUUUUACUUUGUCUCUUUUUACGGGUACUGAAAUGUCUAUUAACACAAUGGCUGUUGUUCCCUGUGGUUGGCAUGGAAAUAGUUAUCAGGGUAAUGUUAACUUUUAAUGCAUCUAUAAAUUUACAAUUAGAUGGGUUCUUAGCGGUGGAUAGUGCCGUCUUCUCCAGACUGUUUUUCCACAGGGUGGUGAUAGCAUGUUGGUGUUGUCCCGAAGCUUGCCUGAAGACUGCCUUGAGGGGAACUCCUCAGAGGAGUCCAUGAGCCUACUGAACUUCCCUCCCUUCACCCCACUUCAGCCAAUCGGCUGCCAGCAACUACGCGAGCCUGGCUAACCGCUUUGGAAGAUGUUUCUCUGAAAUGGAUAUUGCAAUGAAAAUCUGGUGACUGGCUGAAAUCUUGCUGGGUCAGGUCAGUUGAAGUAAAACUUGUAUAUCUAAAGUACUUAAGAGGAAGUGCUGUCUGAUUCUGAGAACUGUGUUCGUAUGUCUAUCCGCCGUCUCUCCGUACUGUACACAUCAUGUCGAAACUCGUCUUAAGUUUUACACCUCCUGUCUCUGGAGUCAUAGUUCACUACAAAAACUCUCCACUUCAUUUUGGCGACUCUAUUAAACUGAAUUUUGCAAGGCAUUUAUCCUUUAUUCAUAGUGGUCUCAGAAAUCACAAGGGUUUCACACUCAUGCAUAGUUAACUGUUAAUGCAAAAUGCUUGUAUCAAGCAGCACCGAUCAUUGUCUCACGAAAACCCCAAAGAAUCAUGCGAUCAAACCCCAGGCUACUGCAUGUCAGAAAGCCUCUAUUUAAGCACCUGAACCCAGAUAAACCAGCAGUUUACUUCUCGCUCACAGGUCUGACGGGGUAAAAUGAAGUCUCACUUCUAUAGAAAAAAACACCAGGAAUGCUUUUUUUUUCGCCUCUCCUCGGUUCAUAUAAUGACCAACAGCUGUUGCACCUGCCACAAUGAAAAAAAUUAAUUAAUAUACAUCAUAAACAUUGAUUUGGUUUAUUCAAGCAUAAUUUUAAUGAACAUCUCAAAGGGAAAGAAAGAAAGAAAGAGGGAAGAUCUAUUAUUUUCAUAUUAUAAACUGAAAUGAUUUCAAUACUGAAAGUGUUUCAUCGCUGUAAUUUAAUUGUUAUACUUUUUGGUUGGUGUUUUAUUAUAAAACAAAGAAUAAAAAAAAAAAAAAAAGUUCAAGAAAUAUAUAAAUUAUUUAUUGGCAAGCUAGAUUCCUAAUACAACUUUCAAAAUGAAAACUAUUUCUUAAAUUUUGAUAUUGAUCCCAGAUCACCCAUGGCGAAUAAAAAAUAAAUUAGGCCUACUUAUUUUCUAAACAAUAUGCUCACUGCAACAUGUUUCCAAGUAAAGGCUACCGAGAAGUGAACUAAAGUGUGAAGAGCAUUAUUUUGAAAGAGUAAUAAGAGAGAAGUGUUUUGUGCUCGCUUUAUUUUUAUCUUGCUCGGGAGCUGCGAGAGGAAAUGACAGAUUGAAGGAUUCGGUGGGCGUCUGGUUUUCGCUCGAGUGUCCUGUGUGUAGUUAACACAUGCCCACCGUCGCUCCUCACAGAACACCAAAUGCCAAACGAUUCACUGCUCAAAAUGUCCAAUAACAACCUGCAAGAAAUGUGUCCAAAUACGCUCAUUUUUCAUUUCCUAAUUACACACUAAUUUUGUUCUCAUUUUACUUGCUUCACUUAACUUUCUGCAAGACCAUUAAAAAAUACUCUACUUUUAAUGUAAUGCAUUAUAUAAAAAUAAUUUUACUUGUUAGUUUCACUUUUUGCAAAUGUCUAGGUCACAUCAACAAGUACCAGUAAACAAACAAACACCAGCCUGUCCCACAACAAC